UCUCCAUCCGACGUUCGUCAGCCCUCCGAACUUGGCCUCACAGUGCCUGCCACUGUCUUCUGCGCUCCCGCGCUGCGUUCCGCCCAGGCCUUGCCCAGCUGGAAUGCAGAGAUCGCCGCCCGGCUACGGCGCACAGGACGACCCGCCCUCCCGCCGCGACUGUGCAUGGGCCCCCGGACUCGGGGCCGCUGCUGAACCGCGCGGCCUCCCUGUCACCAACGUCUCGCCCGCCGAGCCCUCCUCGCCGUCCAGCCUUCCGCGGAGCCCACCGCGCAGCCCCGAGUCAGGGCGCUAUGGCUUCUGCCGCGGAGAGCGCCAAACGGCCGACGAGCUGCGCAUCCGGAGGCCCAUGAACGCUUUCAUGGUGUGGGCGAAGGACGAGCGCAAGCGACUGGCACAACAAAACCCGGAUCUGCACAACGCAGUGCUGAGCAAGAUGCUGGGCAAAGCGUGGAAGGAGCUGAACACAGCGGAGAAGCGGCCCUUCGUGGAAGAGGCCGAACGGUUGCGUGUGCAGCACUUGCGCGACCAUCCCAACUACAAGUACCGGCCUCGCCGCAAGAAACAGGCACGCAAGGCCCGGAGGCUGGAGCCUGGCCUCUUGCUCCCGGGCCUCGUGCAGCCGACUGCUCCGCCCGAGCCCUUUCCUGCAGCUCCAGGCUCAGCGCGUUCCUUCCGCGAGCUGCCCACGCUGGGCGCAGAGUUCGAUGGCUUGGGGCUACCCACGCCCGAGCGCUCGCCUCUGGACGGCCUGGAGCCCGGCGAGGCCUCCUUUUUCCCACCGCCUUUGGCACCCGAGGACUGCGCUGUGAGGGCUUUCCGGGCACCCUAUGCCCCCGACCUAGCACGGGACCCGAGCUUCUGCUACGGGGCGCCCUUGGCUGAGGCGCUCAGGACUGUGCCGCCUGCUGCGCCGCUCGCCGGCCUCUACUAUGGCACCCUUGGCACGCCAGGCCCGUACCCCAGUCCUCUGUCACCACCACCUGAAGCCGCACCUCUUGAGGGAACAGAGCAACUGGAGCCUACCGCCGACCUUUGGGCUGAUGUAGACCUCACCGAAUUCGACCAGUAUCUCAACUGCAGCCGGACUCGACCGGAUGCCACUACUCUUCCCUACCACGUGGCGUUGGCCAAACUGGGUCCGCGUGCCAUGUCGUGUCCAGAGGAGAGUAGCCUCAUCUCUGCGCUGUCUGAUGCCAGCAGCGCAGUCUAUUAUAGUGCCUGUAUCUCAGGCUAGGCACUGCCCCUGCCUUCCAGCGCUUCAGCACGUGGCCAAACGGCAGUGCUCUGCCUGCUCCUUUCCUUUCGCAGAUGUAUGUUAGGCUAUGCAGCAGUCUAUAGAGCUGGUGGCCUAAGGGCACCACUUCUGUCAUUCGUAUGCCUCCUUCUGGGAGUUCCUGUGCAGUGUGCCUUCCCUAGGAAGCCCAGGCCCUGGAUGUGCUAGCUGCCUCUGUCAGGGUUAAGAUUUUGAAUCAUCUAAUUCUUUUCUGUCAUGUAUUUUCUAGAAUGAGACUGUAUUUUUUACUUUGCCUUUAUAUAUAUAUAUAUAUAUUCAUAUAUAAUACACUAUAUUUAAUUUUUAAUUAAACUUUUUUCUUUCAAAGGGUUUCCGUGAGCUAGCAUCCGUGCAUCAGGAACAACAGUGUUUCCCAUAAAUAUUGACCACAGAGAUUAUUUGGCUUCCAGGUGAGCCACACAGCUGCCCUCUAUCCUUCUGUGCUCUCAGAUAUCAUCAGCCCCCGGCUUGCAUCCCAUUUUUCUUCUAUAAGCCUGAGCACUGCCGAGGACAGCAUUCUUCACUUGGGCAGAACUGCAGGGUUAUACAGAUACGUUACCAGAUCUCAGAAAGAUUCUUAUUUCCUAAGAGGGGCAACACCAUGCUACUCUGGCUCUGCUCCCCCAGGGAGCAGCUGACUCAGACACACAGGUUUAGUGCUCAAACCUUAGACCUUAAGCCUCCUAGCUUGAGUUUCAUCACAUUAGCCGUGCUUGGUCUCCUUUCGGGAGGCUUGGGGGGCGGGGGCCUCUUUCUAGACCAUCUCCUUUUGAAAGUCCUUUACUGGACAAGCAUAUGCAUCCAGAAAGGGAUGGAACAGUAACCCUGGAGGUGGCCCUGCACACACACAUAAAUAUUUCAUUUCUAGUAAGUCUUCUUAGUCAGGAGCUCCCACCACUCUCGGAGGAGAGACCUGUCCUAUCCGCAUUCCCAUGAGCCCUGCAAUGUCAGCUGGUUCCAAGAUUCACCCACAUGAAGUGUGAAGGGCCUAGCAUGACUAUGAAGCUGUAACCAGCCAUAUGGCUUUCCACGAGGAUGGCCAUUUGUAACUUAGCAGCAACAAGCCUGGGGUCUAGAAGUUCGUCUGGGUCCAUGCAUAGGGAUCCAGCUUCUCAGCACGUUUAGGAUGGGUACACAAGGUGUAUUCUGCCUCUGAAGCAAAGUAGUAUCACCUCUACAUUGACAAGUAUGAAUUACAUACCUCAAAUAAUGGUGUGAGGGGAGCUGCACUUGGGGUUUUAUCCUCUAUAGACAGCAUGCAGUGACAGAGGACAAAGACACAUAAAAGGGACAAAAUUAGACAAGUUCCAUGCAGAGAAAUACAAUGGGCCUGACCAGUCCUGCUGCCUGAAUCCAGGAGAGCAGUCCCCAAGUGUUAAUCUGCUUGGAGUGGGGCAUUUUCCCAUCAACCUAUGGACACACCAAGAAGUACAGGACAGCCCAGAGCAGGCAGACCAAAGCAAUGUUCCUAGGUCCAAGGCAUUUCCCCAGUUCUAGGUUCUAUACUUUUAUUCCUGCAGAGGAUCCUCUUUCCUUGGUUAGGAGGGUGGAGGUCCAAAGGGUGCUGGUGUGGUCCCACUGUCUCCGUGGAGAGAAGAUAGCGCAGGGUGCUCCCUAAAAGCCUUUUUCCCAUCUGUCAUGGAACAAGGCUACCAAGGGUCCAGGUUCAAACUUACAAGUUCCAAAGGACAGAAAAUAACCCUUAGCAAGCUCAGAAAAGGAAAUGAGGAUGAGACCACCAAAGACAGCCGUGGAUCAGUGCUGGGCUGUGUAUGGGGGUGAGGUUCCUGUCAUCCUACCUGAGAAAACCUUUCUCACCCCCCAAGGUUGAAUCCCCACCCUUCCAGGUAGACCCACAGACUAAGCCAUACUCCUAACUCCUCAUCCUAUCGGCCUCUUGCCCAAAAGGUCUAAGCUUCCAUCACCCGCCCUUUUCAGCUCUUGAACAGUCUGUUCCUGGAGUAGCCUGGGCAACAUGUGAAGUAAUCCCAAGCAGAGAAAUGGGUCUGAGAACAGGUAAAGGUUUCCCCAGCAUAUACAAUCUUCACUUCGCAUAUUCUUGAGGAAACCAACAGUCAGUCACACAUCACAGAAAGAUUCCUGCCCCAACCAGGCCAAGAUGGGGCAGGCAGACAGGUGGGCAUGCCUACUUAGGGUUCAUACCUCCCCUGCUCCCAACAAAAUGCACUCUAGAGCCGGGCAGUGGUGGCGCACGCCUUUAAUCCCAGCACUCGGGAGGCAGAGGCAGGCGGA